AUGGCGGAUAAUGAAUCUAGUACAUCAGAACUAGAAAAGACCACUCCAUCGCCGCCAAAGAACAAUACCAUCGGAAGUGCAUCAGGUCGCUAUCCCAAUAGUCAGUUUAUUGGAAUUCGAGCCUCAGACAGACAAAUGACUCCUCAAAACCUGCUAAAAACACUGUCAAGACUAUCUACUCCCGAGGAAAACUACCAAACUCCUCUUCAACAACCACCCUCUUCCACGAAAUCCAAUGCAAAUGCAUCACAAAUGACUGGCAAUGAUGAUCCAUUCACCGCCCCACAAGAUGCUGGUCAAAAACCUGUUGUGGUGAAGAGUAGAAUGAUAGCUACUACAGAGUCGGAAAACAACCCCACACCAACCAGAUCAGUCGGUGGACUUGUAUCUACUGCAUCAUUGGACGAUCUCAUCGAUGCAAAUAAUCACAUGUCCUUCUCGGCCGCGACCAAGUCCAACUUGGCAUCAUCACAGCUCCCAACUAUACAUAGGCGCCUACCCAAACCAUUACACAAUAGUAACACUAGUAAUACCGCAACCAAUCACACGCCAACCCCAUCUGCCACAUCAACUCCCAUACAACCACAGAAAUCACCACGACAAUCACAACAACAGCAAUCGGCCAAUCAAUCACUAGUAGAAGGCAACUCGGGUGGAUUCUAUUCUUCGCAAGGUCAGCCAAUAUUAGAUUUCUCAACCAUUGUCGAAAACGAAGAAGAACUACGCGACGACUCAUCCAAUGUAACAAAAACGCCCGUAAACGAACAAGAAGUCCUUGAAGUAGUACGACUCAAACUAGGAAACGCCCUAUCAAAGAAAGUACCAGCUGUUAACGAUAUCGUCAAGAGUGAUUUGGCUGAUGAGAUCUACUUGGAAGUACGGGAAUCACUCAAAGAACUCAAGGAUGUCGUCCGUGAAAUAAAGAGGAAACAAGAUAGCACCAUGAUUGAACAAGAGACCAUCAAGGAUGGAUUGUAUGACUUGAUUGAUGCUAGAAAACAGUUCCAAGAAAUACAAGGCUCCAUAGAUGAAGUGCAGAAUACUAUAAAAGAAGCCGAAGCUGAAUUCGCUGCUCAUCGAACCACCUUGGAAGAAAGACGUAGAGAAGAUGACAUCUUGGAAAUCCAAGUCAAGGAAUUGGAUGCAAAGACUUUGAAGUUGGCACAAAUCAUUGAAGACAAGAGGAGGGAACAGCAACAACUCUCAUCUCAACAACCUCCACCGUUGAUAAUACGUGUAUUACGAGAGUUGAAUGAACUUCGCUCCAAGUUCGCUUCACUCAUCGGAUUGUUCAUUCUCUUCUUAUUGGCAGAGUUUGUCUUUAUCUAUCUAUUGAUGAUAUCAAGAAGGGAAGAACUUGAAACCAGAUUGGGAUUGACACACAAUCUAUCUGGCUCAAAAGAUGCCGACGGUCAAGGUGUUUGGGUCAUUCCAAUGUUGCAGUCGGUGUUGAACUUUGUAUCGUCAGUGUUUUUCGCCGAUGAGAGAUAUCAGACACCAGUGUAA